CAGUUACCCUCAGUGCCGUUAGACUACUUCAUAUCAAGGACAAGAAUGGGACUGCACAGUGUUGAGGAACUGGUGACCGGUAAGAGGUCGGAGGGCAAAGAGGCGGACGACUUCCAAGGGGGCGUGUACGAGGCGGCUGUCGAUCAAGAGAAGCGGGAUGACCGCGGGUCCCACACUCAGCUGGGGGUGGGUGGGGGUCUGGCAGAGGAGAGUGACAGCGGCAGCGAACGGGAGGAAGUCAGCGUGGCAGCUCUGAAUACGGAUAAAAGCGGCAGGUUGAAGUUGGAGACGGUGGACGACCUGUUCAACAUCCUGCAGCUGAGGAAGAGGAGGAGAGAAAGGAAGACUCCCGUCCACAAGAAACAACAGCCCGAGCCCGAGGCUGUGCCAGAGACUGUGGAUGAGCAGCUGUUUCUGACGGCAGCCAUGGAGAGCAAGCUGCCCGUGGUGGAGAAGUACCUGACUGCGGGAGGGAACCCUGAUGUAGCCGACCAUUUCCAGAGAACAGCUCUGCACAAAGCCUCAUUCAAAGGACACGUGGAGGUCAUGAGAAGACUCCUGGAGGCCGGAGCUGCCAUCGAGAAAAAGGACAAGCUGGAGGCCACAGCCGUCCACUGGGCCUGCAGGGGCGGUAGCCUGCCAGCCCUGCAGCUCCUCCUCGACCAAGGGGCCAAGUUCACCUCUAGAGACAAGUUGCGCAGCGCUCCUCUCCACGUCGCCGUGAGGACAGGGCACUGCGAGUGUGCUGAGCACCUCAUUCACUGUGGAGCUGACGUCAACGCCAAAGACAGAGACGGAGACACGCCCAUGCACGAUGCUGUGAGAAUAAACAGAUUCAAGAUGAUCAAACUGCUGAUGAUGUACGGGGCCAGUCUCCACACCAGGAACUGUGAUGGAAAAACUCCACUGGAGACACUGUAUUCGUGGCAGAACGGAGCGAAGAGCCUCCUGUGCAACUUCAACGAGGAGAGGCCCGACCAGUAGGGGCCCACAGAGUCCAGUAAAAGCAGAAAUCGAGAUUCA